CCGCCUCACAAGCGCUGAGCUGAGGCAUGGAAUCGGUGCGCAAAGCCAACCAAAGAAUCCGCAACUAUCCAGUUCUGCUGAGCAAGUGCGCGGACAAAGCCACUGCGUAUGCGGUUUGCGUGUCGCGUGAUCUGAACGUGCAGCACAAAAUCUGCGACACCGAGUUCAAGGAGUUCCUAAGCUGCAUCCGCAAGACCGCUUUGGAAAUGAAGACAAAGCUCUAGACAAACGUAAACAAUAAACACAAU